AACAAAUAUCAAGUAAUGAUCAUAAAAAAACUAAAACUAAAUAGAACUCUGAAGCAAAUAGUGUUUUCUGAAGCAUAGAAAAACAAGAAACAUAGAUUGUAACCAUAGGUUUUAGAAGAAAGACAUGUCAUUGUUGUCGGGGAAGAAGAGAAACAGAGAGAUAACACUGUUCAUGUCAAGCCCGUCACUCCCAAACUCAAAAAUUAUUCAACUUGCUACUUGUGAUGAUAAAAAAAUCGACUUUGGUUCAAUUGGUAAAGCCUUUGGGUUAGACCCAUCAACGUUGAAGUUGAAUGGUUACUUUAUAAGUAGAGGGAUUGAUUUUAUCUCUUCCUCUCUCACUUGGGACUCUCUUCUCUCUUUCUUCUCUGGUAAAGGUUUGUCUACUGGGAAACAUGAUCAUGAUGCUCUUCUUGUCACUGGCAAAGUGGGGAAUAAUGGAGGACAUGAAACUGAGCAUGCUGGUAGCAAUAGAGGGAAUCAACUUGAAAAUUUUCAAAAUGGGAUUAUUAGCAAUAGAGGGAAUCAAGUUGAAAAUUUUCAAAAUGGGAUUGUUAAGGUGAUACAAACUGAGCAUGAUGGUAGCAAUAGAGGGAAUCAACUUGAAGAUAUUAACCUGCAUAAGAAUAAAAAGUUGAGAGAGAGCAAAUCAGGUGAGAUUCUGAAUGUCCUAAACUGCAAGAGAAAGCAACUCUUUGAAGAUGUCAACCAAUUCAAGAAGCUAAAAAUAAAUGAUAUUCAAGAUAAAGUUGAUGAACUUCCUGGAAGCAUUUCGCGAAGCCAGUUUACAUGCAGUUAUAGAAAUAAGAAUCUCAAGAGGAUAAGAGACGUUGAGAUUGUAGCAGCUAAUUACAAGAGGAUUAGAUAAAUUUCUAAAUCAAGAAAAAUAUAAGUAGAAUUUUUUACAUUGUAUGAUUUCUGUAAAAAUGUUACAGAAAUCAUAGAUUAUGAAAAACCUUAGUAGAUGUACAAUCCAUCCAUUUUAAUAUUUAUAAUGAACACUACACUAAUCAAAA